AUGAAGAAGCAAAGGGAUAUAGUUUCUGUUCCAAGAUUUGACAAGAUUCCGUGGUUUAGUGAGGCCAGCCUCAUAAACAAGCCAUUAGUGCUCAGCCUCCCGAAAAGAUAUCCUCAUUCCUCUGCCACUUUUCUGGUUUCAUCCAAGAAGGCUAUGAAUUUGCCAAUUUUGUUCCAAGUUCCAGAUGUCUUAUCUAAGGCCGGGAGGAACCGGAGAGACCCCACACUGAUCAGAAACAAGCAGCUGUGCUCCACGUGUCGAGAAAUGAAAAUGGUGCAACCAAGAACUAUGAUAAUCCCAGAUGAUCUGAAACUAUCCUUUAGCAACUUCAUUAAUUUCAGAAUGAUGAGUCUUCAUCCACCAAAGGCCCAGACUGUACCCAAACGUCCUCGUGAUGACAUCCCAACAGAGGGCGCUCGCUACAGACUGCCCAUUCUGGGCCCCAGAACAGCUGUCUCCCGUGGACUGCUAUCAGAUGCCUACAACACUCUGCAGGACAUGCAACUCUCUUCCUUGCCCAGGAAGGAACCAGUGGGCAAGACAAUGAGGCAGUGAGUGGUCGGAGCUCAUCCCCUUCCAGACUCUCAGAGAGAAAGCAUCCUCACCAAGCCAGUUUCUGACACUAGUGCU